UGUUCGGAUCGGAUCGGAUCGGUUCGGACAGGAGAGAAUUUUGCGGCUCUUCGCCUGAACUGCAGGCACUGCAGCUCCUCCGAAGACUCCGUCUGUCCUCUUUAUCGAUCAUCGCGGUAUGAAUUCACACUGGGAAAGUCGAUUAGUGAUCUCUCGCUCGUCUGACACCCCCCCGCCCCCCGCAGCCGCCCCCAGCCGGUCGGGAUCCGCCCAUGAUCCCCCAGUUCCCUGCCCGUCGCCGGAGCUCCAGAAGCGGAUCGGAGCCGCGAAAGUCAGUGGGUCAAAGCGACCGCAUCGCCGGUAUCACGUUGAGGUUCGGAGCCCGAAGUGACCCACCACCACCAUCACCAUCAUCAUGGCCACGCGCCGCACGUGGUGUUUGCUGGUCGCGUUCGCGGCGCUGACUCUGCUGCAGGCUCUCGCUCAGGAUUUAAGCCUUUUGGAUGCCCUGGAUGAAACGUCGCCCAAACCGACUGCUGCUCCCAAAGCGAAACCCCAACCUGCACCAGCAGGCGGAGGGAAAGGAGGAGCAGACUUUGACCUGUCGGACUUCUUUGACGCCACUACGAAAGUGCCAGGGAAGCCGAAGCCGAAGGAGAAGCCGAAGCCAGAAAAGCCCGCUCCAGCUGCUGACGACCUUGACCUUUCCGAUGCCUUGGACCCAGACAACGACAUAAGAAAAGAGAGAAAUAAGAAAGGAGGUGGCCAGAUCAGUGACAGUGACCUGUUUGACAUCGUUGACACUGGUGACUACAGCCCUGACAAAGGGAAAGGUGGGCGAGGCUCUGUGAUGGACUCAACUGACGAUAGGAGCUACGACACGACGGCCGAAACGGGCACCGUAGCGGGCAUCGCCAGCGCUGUGCUCAUGGCUCUGAUGGGCGCCGUCGGCAGCUACGUUUCCUACCAGAAGAAGAAGUUCUGCUUUAGUGUUCAGCAGAGCCUGAAUGCGGAGUACGUGAAGGCUGAGAGUCCCGAGUCCGUGGUCUCCCAGGAGCCCCCAGUUCAGCAGACGCUGCUGCAGCCCCCCAGCGCGGAGCCCCCCAGCCAACCAUAACGCGAUGCACGAAGUAUCCCUGAUCCCACCCCCCACCCCCAAGCCAAACGUAUGUGGCAGCUUCGCAGGUAAUUUGUUGAAAGAAUCGCCAAGGAUUUGUUUUUGAGCCACAACCUCAACACCACACUUGUGUGUUGCCGGUUUUUCCAAACAUUUCUUUUUUGGGAGUCGAGCUCGCGCUAGACUGCUUCCCCACGAGAGAAGGAGAACUGGGAUUCGAUACGGGUCGGACGUGCGACGGGGAAACCGGAUCGGCGUCUCGGACCCUGGACGCGGGCUUCCCGUUGACUCCGUUCUUACCGUGGUGUAUUGAGGCCGCGUGAUUCUCCGCAGCAGCUGCUCAUACAUGAGCUCAACGGUUUCCUUUCCUCUUGUGGUAUUUUAAGUACUUUCUAAAAGCAGAAGUUGCUGACGUGUCGGAAUCCGCAUGCUUUUUAUUUAUCGGACUGCACCGCUUUACUUUCUCUGCUCGCGUGCGCUCCCUCGAGAAGUUCUUUUUCACAAAGUGGCACAUAACUGUCAAAGAUUCACUUGCUCGCAGUCACUUUUGUUCCAUGGCUUGUUCUUCUUUCACCUUGAGCGACGUCACUGUUGGAGUGACACACGUCCGUGGAACAUAAAUGGCCAGUAGGGAAUAGGGGUUGCACGACUUGAGAUUUCUUUCGAGUCGACGUCGACUAAUCGCUGGUGACGUCAUGAAUGAACGCGGAAGGAAAUGCUUUGCAACAACCGACAAUCUGUAUUCUCAAACCGAGCAUCUGUGCUGACAGACAGCUCAUACAUGGGCUCUAUAUGUAUAUAUGAAACAUAAGAUGGGACAUCGUAGCCAGGUUUAAAAAAAAAAAAAAAGGCGUUUUUCAUUUUUUGUUUUAAAAUAUUAACUGUUU